AUGGCAUCCCUCUAUGCAAAGGAUCAACCUGAAGGCUUUGUCAAUUCCAUCAAGCAUGUGGCUAUUGUUGGCGCCACAGGACAGAUAGGCAAAGUUUUCACCGAGCAUCUCCUCAAAUCGCCUGGCAACCAGACGGUGACCGCCCUAACCCGUAAGGGCAGCAACACUACCGUGCCGGAUGGAGUGAAACUUGCACGCGUCGACUAUGAUGACGAAGCUACGCUGAUAGAAGCCUUGAAAGGCCAAGACUUCUUGGUCAUCACCAUGGCCCUUACUGCACCUCUAGACACCCAUAGCAAAAUCGUCAGGGCAGCUGGAAAGGCAGGAGUUCCUUACAUCGUGCCCAACGCCUAUGGUGUAAACUUCUAUGACAACCCAAAGCUUCAAGAAGACAUUGAAGCACUGAAGUACAUCUACGCCAGCGUCAAAGAAGUUGAACAGGUUGGCUCCCAGUGGCUCGCCAUCACACCCAACUUUUGGUACGAAUACAGCCUCGGCGUUGGACCAUUCACCUACGGCUUCGAUUUCCUGAAUAAAUCUGUCACAUUCUACGAUGAUGGAAAGACUCGAGUCAACACGACCACUUGGCCCCAGACUGGGCGUGAAUUGGUCUCACUGGUCAACCUGAAGAAGCUCCCAGAGGAUGAAAACGAUAAGUCCGCCACCCUGGCCCAAUUUUCCAACAAACCCGUCUACAUCAAGAGUUUCACUCUCAACCAGCGGGAGUUGCUCGAUAGCGUCAACGAGCUACUGGGACAGACUGACAAGGACUGGACUAUCACCUAUCAGCCUGCAAAUGAGCGUUUCCAGCAGGGAUUAGAGGAACUUUCCAAGGGAGUGGGAACUGGUUUCUUGAAGGCCCUGUACGCUCGCUCAUCCUACCCCAAUGGUGAAGGUCUGUUUGAAACCCAUAACAACCUUCUAGGUUUGCCUAAGGAGAGUCUACAUGAAGCUACACUGGCUUCGCAUAACUGGGCCGCUGCACAAGCCAAGAAGGCUGAGAAAUAA